UUUGCAAACUCGGCACGUCUUAAAAGCUUCCAAAUUUGAAUUACGCGCGAUUUUUUAAUAAUGAAUUUAAGAUUGCAUGUGUUCUUCGGCCAGUUACUGUGGAUAGUUUCGGUUUUAAAUGGCAAAACAGUCGAAGGUAUUCCCGGCUAUGGCAGAAAUUUAAUUAUAAAGUCUCUCCCAGCAAUAGAGGACUUCCAGAGCAAUGUUUACGAAGUUAUCAUGGAACCGUAUCUUUAUGGCCUCGGUGGACCGAUAUCAUCCAGCGAUCGCGUAGAAAAACAGUUUGAUUUGACACGCGACCCCAGGUCUAUUGGCCUUCGGGCAAUUGCCUACCUCAAAGCUGACCAGGAUUCCGGAGUCACAGGGGAAUUGGUUUUCAGACAAGUGGUUCCUAAUGGUCCUGUGGUUAUCGAGGGUAACGUGACCGGUUUACCUGCGGGGCUACAUGGACUGCACAUCCACCAAUCUGGUGCAGUGAAGGAGAACUGUCAAGAUAUUGGACCGCAUUUUAUUGCAUACUAUGGUCGUCACGGCGGACCUCGAGACAACAUACGCCACGUCGGAGACCUUGGCAACAUUAAGGCAGAAGAGGAGAUAUUGAACGUGAAAAUAAUUGACCAUCUGAUAUCAUUAGCCGGCCCCAGGUCUAUAGUGGGUCGGUCCAUAGCCAUAAGUAAGAGCGAGGAUGACUAUGGUAGGUCCAGCACUGAAGAUAGCGCGCUUACUGGUACAUCUGGACCCGCCAUUGCAUGCGGCGUGAUAGGAUACUUGAACUAACUUUUUUUAAGCUAUCUCUUAUGUAGACCAUUAAAAUUAUCUACUUAUAAACAACUAAGGGUAUAGAUUCAGAGCCGGGACUUGUCAUAAGUAUGCCUUAUGACUCUCGUAUGUCAAAAAAAGGAUUUGAAAUAACGUUUAAAGAACCUUAUUCCUUAUUAUAUUUUUCAAGUGGUUUUCAUUAUGUUUCUAAUAUGAACGAGACGCACGUCGCAAUCUGACAGCCGUCCUAACUUUAGUCAUCUAGAUAUUUUGACAUGUAUAUGUAUUACCCUUUUAAAUUGAUUAAACACGCUAAUAUUUCGAAUAUUAGACUGUUUAAAUUCUCGUUAAAGUCUUGACUCUAAAAUAUAGGGUCAAGGUUUUGACGCUAAAUGUGAUUUCCGCAUGACAAAGACGUAUUGGAAUUGACAUACGUCAACCCGUACCAGGAACGUCGAUAAUGACUGUUUCGUUUUUAUCUUAUCUUCAAAUAUAAUGUCACCUGGUUUUUAGGUAUAUUUUUCACUGCACAAAAGUUGGUUAUGUUGUACUCGUAUAAGCCUUUUUCUAUCGCAAUUUAUAUCGUAUCAGCGUAUGUUAUAUAGCAUCGUUUUAUAUAGCAUCAAUCGUCAAUUACUAUAAAUCAUAAAUUAAGAUAAGAUUUUACUUGUAUAUAAUUUUGAAUGAAUGUAUAAAAUGUACACGCAAAACAAUAAAUGUUAUAAAAUAAAUAUCAUUUAUCGGAUUAUUAUUUGUAAUGGAUAAACUUUAUAACUUUAAAAUGAUAUUAAAAAUUGUUACAUCAAAAGGACGAGAAAAAAUAUUUCCUUUUUUUGUAUAGUUCCCUCGAUAGGUGGACACAUUGUAGACAUCGUAAGGAAGGCGUGAUGACCAUAUGAGUCAAUAGCGUGUAUCAGGUACAGAAGACUCCGCCUUCGCCAAUUAGAAAAAUAAACAGAUAACGAAAUCUGACGCUAAAACAUAAAAGGAAGGGUCCUUUCCCGUCCUCAAUUUAUUAAAAAAAAAAUGUAUUUUUGUACAUUAAAAAACCUAACUCUUCCUUAAGUAUUUACAGAAUUUUUUUCUAAAUAGCCUUGAUUACGAUGCAACAUUAAAUUUGUUAUAGACUAAAUAAAAUUCUGGCACAC